AUGGCUGACUAUCUCAAAAGUCUUCUCGGCGGGUCAAAGCCGGAGCCUGAUGCCGAUGAUGACUUCGCCGAUUUUGCAGGAGCUCCAGACCCAAAACCAGUAUCUGUAGUACCUGCACAACCCAAUAAUGUUGGAGCACACGGAGCUCAGCCGACAUUGGGCGCCCCACCUCAGAUUUUGUACACAAAGUGGUAUCGAGUAUGGGAAAGGACGACCCCACGAGAAUUUCUUCCGGAAGCUGUCAUACUACCGUUCAUUCUGGUGAUAGUCGCGUUUCACUUAUGGGGACGUCGAGCGAACAAGGCAAAAGCGAAAGCAUGGAUUACGGCUCAUGCCCCCAUACUGGAGAAAGAGUACGCUCAAGUAGGCUUCGGCCCUGCAAGAGCACCGAGUGUCGACGAUGUGCAAGCUUCUGGCCUCGCAAAUGCAAUGGCGUCGACUGAGAAAGAAGUGCCGGAAGGUUUGCUUAAGGAAAAGUCUGCGCAAGAAUAUAUUUCGUACGCAAGCGGCCGCCAAAAUGUUGCUUUCACGGACGUGAGGAUUUCCUUGUACAAGAGAUACAACCCGGCUACAUUCCUUGUGGAAGCAGCGCUGAGUUUCGUUUUUGAGAGCAUACCGCCGCCUAUAGAGAAGGUAGACAUCACUAGUUAUGCCUUUGAUGGACGGGAGAAGGAGCUUGUUCCUGCAAGAACAGACGAGCAGAAAGAUUCCAUUGUCGAACAAGGGAAGAGCAAGAGCUCCGUUUACGAUCCAUUCGUCUUCUCAGUCGUUCACAAAGAAGCUAUGAAGAAGCUAAGAGAUGAGCGCUACGACGUCUCUCUCACGGUGACACGGGACCAUGCAAAGCUUCCCGCAUGGGCCGCUGUGAUGAGCGAGAGCGCUGAGAUUACUGAAGCACUACUCACCAAAGACUUGAUCAAGGCACUCGAAACUGCCGGUGAUACUUUCAAGUACCUCAUCAUUACUGAUCAGCCAAUUGACAAGCCCCAGACAAUCGACGAGACGAAACCCCGCAAACGAAUGUCACUAUCCUUUUCGCUCCCCUCCGGCUCUGACCCUUCGUCGUAUGAACCGACUCUCCCCAUCUUCAACUACUUCCUCCGUCUUCCCGAUCAAUUGACAGCCCAAGCACACUUCCGCCCUGAAGUCAACCGGAAGAUUCGUACCGUCCGAGAAGAGGAACAAAAGAAAUUAUCGAAGGCAAGUGAGGAAGAAAAAGCAGAGGAGAGACGGCUUGAGACCGAAAAGAAAAAGAGGGAGAUCAGAGAUAAGAAGCUGAGAGGGAUGAGCGCUGAGGAGCAGAAGAAGUUCCUGGAGAAAGAGAAAGAGAAGAGUACAAAGAAGCAGGAGAAGAAGCGGACGCAGAAAGCGUAA